GCAGCGCGCAUGCGCAAACUCUAACCGGCUCCAACAGAGAGAGAGGAAACUGAGGAAGAGACGCGACGUUUCUAAAAGAAUUAAAGCUUAAAGUGUAGAAAUUACCGAAUUAUAAUGGGUUUAACAAUUUCCUCGAUCUUCGGGAGACUUUUUGGGAAGAAGCAGAUGAGAAUAUUAAUGGUGGGUUUGGACGCAGCGGGAAAAACAACAAUACUGUACAAACUGAAGCUCGGAGAAAUCGUCACAACCAUCCCUACCAUCGGGUUUAAUGUGGAGACUGUGGAGUACAGGAACAUCUGCUUCACCGUGUGGGAUGUUGGUGGUCAGGAUAAAAUCCGUCCUCUGUGGAGACACUACUUCCAGAACACUCAGGGUCUGAUCUUCGUGGUGGACAGUAAUGACCGAGAGAGAGUGGCCGAGUCUGCUGAUGAACUCUCCAAAAUGCUGCAGGAAGAUGAGCUGAGGGACGCCGUGCUGCUGGUGUUCGCCAACAAACAGGAUCUGCCCAACGCCAUGCCAGUCAGCGAACUCACAGAUAAACUGGGCCUGCAGAGUCUGCGCAGCCGAACGUGGUAUGUCCAGGCCACGUGUGCUACACAAGGAACCGGGCUCUAUGAGGGACUGGACUGGUUAUCCAACGAGCUGUCCAAACGCUAAUGCUGUCCUCCACCUCACACACCGAGAGAGAGAGAUGGAGUUUUCAGAACAUUCAUCUAUAGACUCUGUUAUAAAGAGUGUGUGCGUGCGUGCGUGCGUGUGUGUGUGUGCGUGUGUGUGUGUCAGCAGUAAUGGAGAGCCAUGUCUUUCUUUACUUUUCUACACUUCAUUUCUCUACUUUUUUUGCUUCAUCUGAAUCACGGUGUUUUAUAUGUGAUGACGCUUUAAACUGCAUGUUCCCUCAAAACUGUGAGCGAUUCAUCAGAGCUCUCCACCUUCUCCAUCUUCUCCAUCUUUACAUUUUAACAUCGAGUUAUCACUCAAACAUUCUCCAAGUCUUCUUCCUCGAAUAAAAACCACAGAUGAGUCAGUUGACAUAUGAAUCUGGAAUGAUUGACAGUUGCGUAGGUGUUUUGAGCUCUCUGAUAUUACCUGACCCCCCUGGAACUCUUCCUCCAUCUCACAUUAGUAAGCUCUUGACUAGAUAUUUCUCGAUGGAAAGAUGCGCCGGUGCGGCGUCCUCGCUUUCUGUCGUGGGGAGAAAAGUGAAAUAAAACCUGACUUUACACACAGAUUAAAGGUAACAUCUAGUAAAUUAAGUAAAUUAUACAGGAUUUACUACAGAUUAAAUUAAGAUUUUUGGCCAAAGAGAAAAAAAUUGACCAGAAAAAAGAUUAAAUAGUCCCACAAAAAAUGUGUCCGAUCUGCCGCUCGUCUAUUUUAUUUAAUCUACAAAGAAAGUGAAAAUAUUGAAAAUGAACCUUCUUCCUCUUGGGGGAUGGUCAUAUUUUAAUCCAGUGCGAACCUGAACCUGAACCUCCGAGCUGUUGUUUUUCUGUAGCAGCAGCAGUCAAAAAUAAUAGACUAUAAUGUGGUUUAAAUGUCAAGCGAAUUUCCUGUCUGCAUGUAUUCACUUCCUGUCUGUGAGAAUCCAUCUCUCUUCUCCAAGCUCGAGCUCAGAUUGCAGAAUAAACAGCUGGAUCUCUGAGCAGCUUUUAGACACGUGUAUUUUACAGCGUGCUCAUGUUCUAGAUCAUCACCUCCACCUGUCCAGGUGUGAAGCUGUAAAUCCGGCACGGUGUGCAGAACAGCAGAGCGGCCUCGUCCUGCCGUGAUGUGCGUCAGAAAUGACAGCAUGUGUGAUUUGACGAUGAUUUUCCUUCUUGUUUUAGUUUGAAUGUUAGCUGAAGAUGUGUUUCAUGUCUGCUGUAGAAACUUUCACUGCUUCUUUUCUUAAAUAAAUUUUUUCCUGAAGCUGUC